GCUAUGAUGAUACAAGUUGUAUCCACUGCACUUCAGUUCCUGCAUCAUAGUUGCAAAGCGGAAUCGGACUGAAUCCAGUAAACGUUUAUCUGCCUUUGAUCCUUGAAUAUUGUGUUUCGCUUACCGAUCUCCAUGUGUUUUGGGUGCUUUUGCCAGUCUACACUACAGCUGAAUCGAUUGUCUGUCACCGAUGCGAGUGAACUCUCAGCUUGUGUUUCGCGCGGCUAAGUUUCCGUUUGUUUUUGCCUUCACUUGGUUUCCAGGAGAUUUCAGAUGGCUGUACUCUCGCUGUACCCAAUAUUCAAAGCCCGUUCUUCAUUCAAUGAAGUUUAAUGUUUGCUUCGUAUUGGGCGGUCCAGGCGUUGGAAAAGGCACAGUCUGCGAAAAAAUAGCGAAGGAUUAUGGUUUUAUACAUCUGUCCGCCGGUGAGUUGCUUCGAGAAGCAUGCAAGUCUGGUUCCGCGUAUGGUGAGGAAAUUGAGCGACACAUGAAGGCCGGAUCCAUUGUGCCAGCUCAAGUCACCUGUGGUUUGCUGCAUGAGGCCAUGUUGCACGGCUACAAUUCUUCCCAAUGCGUCAACUAUUUAAUUGAUGGCUUCCCCCGGAACUCUGACAACCGUAGCUGUUGGGAGUCGGAGAUGGCGUCGAAAAGUGUGCUGAAACGAGUGAUCGUUCUGGAUUGCCCGGAUGAAGUCUGCAUUCAACGCUGCAUGGGUAGAUGUCUCGGUCGAGUGGACGACAACACAGAAACUUUGAAACUUCGUUUGAGGCAAUUCAAAGAACAAGGUAUACCUGUGAUCGAGUAUUACGAAUCGCGGAACUUGGUCACGCGAAUCGACGCAAGCAAGUCUAUGGAGGAGGUGUUCCAGCAAGUGAAGGAGAUGAUGCUUUCGAUGGAUCUUUAACCAGUUUUCACUUGACAAUUCUUCGAUGCGCUUUCCCCUCCCUCUCCUCCUCUUAGUUCAUCUCCUUCGUACUUUCCCGUUUUCUUUCACGAUUCCAAUGUGUCGAUGAACACCACCACUUGCUUAACCCGCUGACUUCGUUACUCACUAGCCCAGGUAUCGGUAUUCAUCAUGACCUUUAUUAUGCUGUGUAUUUGCUUUUUUCUCUAGACAUUUUUCAAUGGAAUGCUUUUCGUGCUUUUUAGCGGCAUGCCAUGAUUUCGUACUACAUUCAGG